CUGACAGUGGGGCGGAAAUGGCGUUGAGAGAGUCAAAAAGCCAAUGGGGGCUGGCUACAACCGAUGGGGCAAGUGGAGACAGACCCCUCUCCAUCUUCUUAACUUUAUGCAAAUAUCAAGUAACAAACGCCAGGUGGCAGCCAAUCGCCUUCAACAGUAGGCAAGCCAAGAUUAUGACGUAAGCUUUAUGACUGGUGCAGUCGUGGGCAUCUGUCUCUGCACUUUUAUUGGUUCUGUGUAGAUAUAUACAGCUUUCCUGUAGCUCAGUGGUAAGAGCAAGAUUGUGGGUUCGAUCCCAGGGGAUUGCAAAUACCUAUGUAUAAAUGUAUAGGAUAAUGCAAUAGUGCAGUGUAUACAUAUGCAGAGUUCCUUAGCAACCGAUGUCUUGUUGCUAUGUACGCUCCGCCGUUACUCCCGCGUGUUAGCUGGCCAGCUUAGUUUGAUUCGCUAUGGAUAAAGCUGACAGAAAGAAAAUAUAUGACAGAUCUGUACCAGAAUCAUCGUUUAAUAAAGACUUGAAACAGUCAUACGAGUCAGUGGAAGAGCACGAGGAUAGAGAAACGACACUGGAGACCUGCUCUGCGUCAAUACCACCCAAUAAAGAUCACACCCGCGAACUUUCCAUUUUUCAUCAUUUAAUCGUUGAAAGAUAUGAAGGUGAUAAGAGUGGAGAUGUGUUUCAUGGGGAAGGUGUCGCUUACUUUCAAGGUGGCCACGUAUACAAGGGUAGUUUUUCACACGGGUUAAUGCACGGGCAUGGUGAAUAUAUCUGGUCUGACGGUUUGAAGUAUCAGGGUGAUUUCAAAUCAAAUGUUCUCAUGGGGUGUGGGACUUACUCCUGGACAGAUGGCAGCACCUAUGAGGGUGAGGUACAUAAUGGUAUCCGCCAUGGUGUCGGGACCUACAAAUGUGCCAAAACCAAUACUGUGUACACGGGCCAGUGGUGUCUGGGCAAAAGAAAAGGAAAGGGAAUAAUGUACUAUAACCAAGCAUCAACGUCGUGGUACGAAGGAGACUGGAUAUACAACAGCAGAGAAGGCUGGGGAGUGCGUCAGUACCCAUCUGGAAAUGUAUAUGAGGGUCAGUGGAGUAACAAUGUUCAACACGGAGAAGGAAAAAUGAAAUGGAUUCAGUUGAAUCAGCAAUACAGUGGACAGUGGGUGAACGGUAUACAGGAUGGAAACGGGACGUACACAUGGUUCCGUAAAAGAGUUCCUUGCUCACUGUACCCUUGUAUGAACGAGUACAGCGGGGAAUUUGUUCAGAGAAUGCGCCACGGUCGAGGAAAGUUCUCAUAUGCCAGUGGGGCUGUUUAUAGCGGCGAGUGGAGACAUGAUAAAAAACACAGACGGGGGAAAUACACUUUUGAGGAUGGACGCAUAUAUGAAGGAGAGUUUGCUAAGGACUGCAUUGUGGAUUUUCCAGCUUUCACUCCUGGCAUGAGUACCCCGAGCACUCCUUACCCAGAUGAUAGUGACUUACCCAAGAGACUUUUACAGUCAAGCAGUAGUUCCUCACUACUUGGACCUGACAUGACUUUGAACAUCCAGACCCUGUUAAACAGACUCCCUGAGACUCACAGAGAUCAAGAGCUCAGACAGGUGGAAUUUGCUGUGUUAAGACACAUUGGUUUGCUGAGGGAAAUAUACAGCUUUUACAGCAGCCUUGGACAUGAGCAGACUCCAGAAAAAACAUUCCCGCUCACUCAGCUGCAGUUCUUACGCUUCCUCAAGGACUGUAAAGGUCACCCGCAUGGGAUGACUCUUGCGCAAAUAGAUCGUCUCAUCAAGGAAGAACUGGAUGGAGUCGGUUCUCCUUUUACCACCAUUCUUCCAAGAGAGUGCAUCAGCUAUAUUAUCAUCACAGCAUAUCAUAUCUAUUGCAAAGAUAUUGAGUCCUCUAAAAAUCUACUGGAAGCAUGUUUUUCAAAGCUCCUGAGGCAGAACAUCAUUCCCAAUGCAAAGAAUGUGAAAGGGCCUCUAUUUAGAUAUCCGGUCCAUUCUGUUGUUGCUUGUUACUACACAGAAAGAUGCUGGAACAUUUACCAGGCCUUAUGUAAAGCAAACUCAGCCCAAAUAUUGACUGUAAGGCAGUUUAUUUUGAUGCUCAAGGAUCUCUGUAUAUAUGACGAUGAGCUGACUGCAUCUAAAGUACUAGAAAUAGUCUCUGUUGAAGAUCUUGCCAUCUAUGAUGGAACCCACAGCAACUUAGAACUAGAGAUGACUUUUCUAGAGUUCUUUGAGGCUCUGCUAGGCUGUGCUGAGGUUAAAGGCAAGAAAACCCAAACUGCUGAGAACGGCUCUGACACAGAUCAUCAGUACCAAACCGUGGUCCCAUCACAUGAAAUGGCUCAGUUAUCCAGAUGUGAGAGGCCGGAGCAAAGACUAAAUCUGGCACUUGCCUCCAAAGAGGCUGCUGAAUGCACUGUAGGUGAGGUAGAUCUGGAGGGCCGGAUACAGAAAACCAAACAGUUCCUGUCUCAGACAUUCAUUCCUGCAUACGAGCACAGCGUGAAGGUGAAGGAGCUGAUGAAAGAGGAGAGACUCAAGCUGAAAGAAAGAAACGGGAUUUCUCUUGCAAAGUCAGCAAGACAAAAGGAGCAGUGUGAGGCAGAGGAGGGACAAAAAGAUGAUGAUGGAGACAAAAGUCCAGACCAUUAUGACUCACCGCCAUUGCCUCCUCCUCCCAUGAACCCAUUGAACUCCACAACGUCUGUGGUUUCCAAGGAGUCACCCAUCAGCCAGAGGAUGAAAAAGCAGUAAACUCACAGAAUACAAUUCAAUUGUAUACAUGAAUGAUUUAAUUGGUUUUAAACAAACAAACGGUUCACUUAUUUAAAAGCCUUUAAAAAACUGAAUAUAUUUUCUUGGGGCAGAACUGCAUAGAAAUAUAGCUUGAUCCGAAUGGUAUUAUAAAGUACAAAAUAUAUGAGUAGCAAAACACUUUAGUAUCACAUGAAUCUAAUUUCCUAACAAAAAAAUAAAACAAUCAGACAACUUUGA